UGAAAUCGAGGGAAAGUGCCCCACUCAUCACAGCCUGCGCGACCAAGGCUGCGACCUGCAUUCAUGCGGUGGGCAGAAGGGAGAGCGGCAGCAAAUCAAUUGGCGGCCACUCUGAGCAGCCGUAGCAGCUCCUUGGGGUGGCAGAGGAAGAGCUCCAGCAGAGACGAGGGCAGCCCUCGCAAGCAAUCGAACAAGGCGAAGAGGCAGAGAGUGAGAGAGGACUCCGCUUAAUCACUUGCCUUGCCCCUUGACGUGAAGUCGAUCCUGCCUUCCUACCCACCCAUUCUUUUUUUUCCUUCUUCCUCGCCCCUCCCACGCUACUGUCCCCGUCGUCUGACACACAACACCAUGUCGCCAGUCGCAAUGGACGCUAACAAGGCCGUAGAGGCUAUCAACGGUCCUCUUCCCGAGGACAAGAAGCUCCCCGUUACCCUCCUGUCUGGCUUCCUCGGCGCCGGCAAGACGACUCUGCUUACCAACAUCUUGCGCUCGCAGUCGCACAAGCUGCGCAUUGGUAUCAUCGUCAAUGACAUUGGCCAGCUCAACAUCGAUGGCGCUCUCCUCAACACCGCUCAGAGCAAGCUCGGCGCCGCCGCAGCUGCCUCCAAGCCCGCCACCGACGGCGAGGCCCCCAACUUCCAGGUCUCGUCAAUCAGCAAGGAGCGCAACCGCGACCUACAGAAGAUCGUCGAGAUGCAGAACGGCUGCAUCUGCUGCACGCUUCGCCCUGAGCUCCUCACUCAAGUCGCCGAGAUGGCCAAAGAGGGGCGAGUUGACUACCUCAUCAUCGAGAGCUCCGGCGUCUCUGAGCCUAUGCAGGUCGCUGAGACUUUCGCGCCCGAGUUCACCGACAUGAUGAAGGACGCCGCCGUCCAGAUGGCCACUCAGGGCACCAACGAGGCCGGCGAGCCCCUCACCGAGUCUGAGAAGGAAGAGCAAGCCACACUCGCCUCGCUCCUCUCUGCAGGCGGCCUGCCCGCCAUCUCCCGCCUCGACACUUGCGUCACCGUAGUCGACGCCGCCAACAUCUUCGCCGACUUCGACACCGCUGACUUCCUCGUCGACCGCAACAACAAGGAGGACGUCCCCGAGGAGGACGACCGUAACAUUUCUGACUUGAUGGUCGACCAGCUCGAAUUCGCAGACGUCGUCGUCCUCAACAAGGUCGACCUCGUCAAGUCCGAUGACAUCCCCAAGAUUCUCGGCCUCAUCAAGACGCUCAAUCCCUCGGCCAAGGUCAUUCAGUGCCGCCACGCCCAGCUCGAUCCGCACGAGGUCCUCAACACCAAGAUGUUCUCCUACACCAAGGCAGCCACCUCUGCCGGCUGGCUUCGUUCCCUCCAGGAGGAGGUGCUUCCCGAGACGGAAGAGUACGGUGUAGGCACCUUCGUCUAUCGCGCUCGUCGCCCCUUCCACCCUCAACGCCUUUGGGAGACGGUCCGCAAUGUCUUUGUCGUCAUUCAAGAGGAGUACAUUGACGACGGAGAGGACAGCGACGACGACGAGGAGAUGAGCGACGCAGAUGAUGCGCGCAGCAGCAGUGCCACAUCGAACAAGACGCACAAGACCGACUCAGGCGUUGACGUUCAUAGCAGCGGUGGCAGUGACGGUGGUGACGACAAGAGCAAGAAGGCUCGCACCGACUCGGGCGAAGACGAGGCCGCACAGCCUCAGCUCAACCCCAAGGCCCGUCUCGCAUCCAAGAAGGCAUCCCCCACCUGGUCCCCCCUCCUUCGCUCCAAGGGCUUCUUCUGGCUCGCCACCCGCCCCAGCAUGUACGGCGAAUGGUCACAGGCCGGAGUCAUGCUCACCCUCACCGGUGCUGGCCCUUGGAAGUGCACUGUCCCCAAGUCGAGCUGGUCGGAUGACCCCGAAGUCAUCGCUGCAAUGGAGGCAGACUUCGAAGGUCCAUACGGAGACCGUCGUCAAGAGCUCGUCUUCAUCGGCCUCGAGAUGAGCAAGGGAGGCAAGGAGCGUAUCACCGAGGCGAUGGACAAGUGCUUGCUCACCAAUGCGGAGAUGAAGGUCUUUGACCAGGUGAUGCAGAGUAAGAAAAAGAAGCUCAAGACGCUUCAGGCCAAGGAGGAGCGACUCCAGGAGAUUUGGGAGGAUGGGUUCGAGGACUGGCAGGACCCGCGUGAUGAGGAGGAGGGGCACGAGGGCCAUAACCAUGGACCUGGCGUCAAGCAUUAACGACGGAGCGUGCGCCCAGCCUACCUAUUAGAAUCUCGUCUCUGUCCAGCAUCUCAAUUCGAUAUCUUCUCUCCCUACUUCCGGUGAACGGGCUGCGCGUGAGUGCCCUAUGACGAGCACGGCAUUGCCCCAGCUGGACGCCCGGCGUGCAGCUCGACAUCAGGUCUUGACAGGCUUA